AUGUCAUACAAUAAUAUACGCAAUCAGGAACCAGAUUUAUUAGGUGAUGACUUUAUAUUACCAGAUGAAGAGCCAACAGCAAAUCCAUUCAAUGAUCCAAUAAAUUCUGAUGCUGAACAAGUUCCAAAUUCAUCUACCACCAAUUCGAAACCACAAAACAAUGCUCAAUCCCACAUAUUUCAUAUUUCAUUUUAUAGACAGUUUUUUGAUUUGAAUAGUGAUGACUUUUUUGUUAAAAUUAAAAAUUCAUUAAAUCCAUUGGCUAGAAUUGACUUUAAUGAGGAACAAAAUGUUAAUGAGUUAUACGGUUUUGUUUGGAUUACUGGUACAUUAAUAUUUUUGAUGUUUGUAUCAUCCACAAGCUCACACUUGAUAAAUGAAUGGCUCAAUGGAGACAAAGACAAAAAAUUUGAUUAUGAUUUUAAUUUAUUGAAUAGAUCGAUCUUAUUAUUUUAUGGAUACAAUGUUAUAGUUCCAAUACUAUAUAAUUUAAUCACGAAUUGGGUUUACAAGUUUCCUGAAAAUGUUUCAUUAAUUCAAGUUAUUUCAAUUUAUGGAUAUACUAAUGUUUUAUGGAUUCCCGUAACUGUUAUAAAUUUGAUCAUAAUAUCCGUAAAUGAUCUGUUUAGCUUUAUGGUAAAUUUAAUAAAAUGGGGUAUAGUAUUAUUUGGUGGUUUCUUUACUGGGUUAAGUAAUAUUAAUAAAUUGAUGCCGGUCGUAACAAAGAAUUGUCUAUUACUACAAGAUCAAAAUAAGAGAAUGCUUUACUCCGUCAUUGGAUUUUUAAUAUUAGCUCAUUUAAUAUUCACAGUGUUGAUUAAAAUCAGUUUUUUCGGGUUGAAUUGA